AUGGCGCUCGUCAAGUUAACAACUUUCCUACUCUUGACCUGUUAUAUCGUUGUAUUGGUCGCAGCAAAACAAGGAAAUAUUAAGGUUGUACCCUUGCUACAAAAGAAAGGUCGGGAUGCUAGGAGUAGCAGCGAUAGUGGCAUCGAUAGUGGUAGCGAUAGUGGUAGCAAUGGUAGCAGCGAUAGUGGUAGCGAAAGUGGCAGCGAUAGUGGCGACAACGGCGGCAGUUCUUCUGAAGAGGGUAAGCCGCCGCCGCCACGUCGCACACCUACAACUUUACCUGCCACAACAACACGGUCGACCACUACUGCUGCUGCUCCAACAACGCCUGAAUCUACUACGGUGUACACGACAACGUUGACAACCAUUCGUACCACAAUGCCAUCCACUACUACAACAUUACCGUCUACGACAGAUACAACAACCGCAACUGAUGCCUCUACAACUGCAUUAAUUUCUACGACAUUGACGUCUACAACAGCUACGACAGAAGUAUUAACCACAAAUGGUACAACAGGUGGUAUACUUACCACUAUGUCUACCAAUUCAACAACGUCCACGGAAGCGCCUACAACAACCACUAGGAACCCUGAAUGUGGCCGUGGGGAUAAUCCACCGUGCCCGACUACUGUGUCUACCAAUUCAACAACGUCCACGGAAGCGCCUACAACAACCACUAGGAACCGUGAAUGUGGCCGUGGGGAUAAUAUACCGUGCACGACUACCGUUACGGAAACUCUUACCACAUCAUUGGCAAGAAUAUCUGUGGCAAGGUUAGCUUGUGAGCGCGAGGACACCCCGCCCUGUUCAGCACAAGCAAGGAGAACCAGAGAAAUAAUGCCGUGUGAACGGGAGGAUACACCACCAUGUUAA